GUUCAGGUGCUAAAUUAUCAAUUUAGCUUGCGAAUUACUUAAUCUUUUAACUACACCUAUAAGUUCAUAUAUGGAAACGGCAAGAUAAAUCAUUGUGCUCGGACCGUAACUUUAAAACUUAAAACAAUAUUUUAUAUUUUCAAGCAUCUAUAUUAUUUAGUUCACAAUGGAUGACCACGAAUUCCGCAAAGUUUUGCUGCUGAUGCUGGCUAUUUUAUCAGUACAUUGUAAAUGUACGGGGUCAACCGAGCCAAGAUGUUCAAGGUUUGAAAUCGAGGAGCGGCUGCUGGAAAAACUUGUACGCCAAGAAGUUGCCAUGGAACAGAUGAAAGAUCAAACCUUGGUGACCAGUAACCGGCUGGAGAAAUGCAUGCAUGAAGUGGACAGGCUCACGCUCGAUUUGAACAGUGCUAAGGAUGAAGUUGUGGAGCUAAAGAAAGACCUUGCAAUUUUUAAGACGGACAUUAUGAACACCAUUGAAAAGAAAUCAAGAGUUCCGACUAUCUUAUUCAAGGCUACGAAGGUCAGCAAUAAAACACCACACCAAGGUCAAAUUAUUGUUUUCAAGGAAACGCUCAGUAACUAUGGAAACGGCUACGACAACAAUACCGGUAUAUUCGACGCUCCGGUAUCCGGCUCAUAUCUCUUCACGGUGCAUUUGUGUUCAGAACCGGGUUUCUGGAUCGUUUCCAAUCUCGUAAAUGACGGAAGGAUACAAACCACUGACUCAAACUAUGAAAAGGAGGGAAAGGUUUGUAACACAAGCGAUGCUAUUGUGUACCUUGAGGUAUCCAGCAAAGUAUGGGUGGAAAUGUUUGCCGAUAGAAACAAGAUCAUAGAAGAUCGUCAUAGAUUUUCUUAUUUUUCUGGAGUACUCUUGCAUAGAUAAAGAAAGCAAUCUCAUAUUUUUUAAUUUUGUGAUACAAAGCAGUGUAUUUCAUACGGUUGACUCACUGUUGUGAUAGUUAGUUUCAUUGACAAAAUAAUUACAAAGAAAUUUUAAUACGUUUAAGUACCAAAUACGAACACUAUAGAUGGUCCCUUAAACACAUUAUACACGAUUAUAUAAGUCUUUAAAUAUCGUUUGUUGGUAUAAAUAAGAAUACCAGGUGAACAAAAAAAUAAGAUAACAAAGAGAAACUUCAAAGUUCUUACAGCCUGUCCAUUCAGUGUUAAAGGUUUGUAUGUUCUCCUGUGUUUGAUUGUUUUAAUAGAUCACUUUAUAAUAAUGUUAAUGUGGGUCAGAUAUGGAAAGUUAUGUAAUCAUUGAUUGUUGUUUCAAGCAUGUCAUAAUGUUUAAAAUGUCUGCUUAAACGUUUGAAAUUUGUUUACUUUGUAGUAAUAAUGUCGCACUGCACAAUACAAUAAUAAUUUUA